AUGAAAGACCGAAAACGAUAUAACAUCAUCUUCGUCCAUCCCGACCUCGGCAUCGGCGGCGCAGAACGCCUGAUCCUCGACGCCGCCCUCGCCCUCCAAGCCCGCGGCCACAAAAUAACCAUUUACACCUCCCACCGCGACAAGAGCCAUUGCUUCGAGGAAGCCCGAGAUGGAACGCUGGAUGUGCGCGUACACGGCGACAAGCUGUUUCCCGCACACAUCAGAGGCCGAUUCCACGUUCUAAUGGCAAUACUGCGCCAGCUCAGCUUGAUCUACUACCUCUCCGAAAGCACGGCCACCAACGACGACGAAAUGCACGACAUUUUCAUAGUCGACCAGGUUCCGGCCUGUGUGCCUGUGCUGCGAGCGUUAAGGGACCUAGCUAUGCGCCGCAAAACGAAGAAACAGCGCACGCUGUUCUAUUGCCAUUUCCCGGACCAGUUGCUUGCGCGGCGAGGGGAGGGUGGUAUGGCGCUGCGGACGCUGAAGAUGCUUUAUCGCUACCCGUUCGAUUGGUUUGAGGGCUGGGCGAUGAGUGCCGCUGAUAGGAUUGUGGUUAAUUCUCGGUUCACGGGCGGAGUGGUGCGGGAGGUGUUUGGGAAUACCGGCGAGGAUGUACAGGUUGUUUACCCGUGUGUGGACACGGGCAGAAGCACAAAGGAGGUAUCAGUGACCAAGGUUGAUGAUGGAGGGGAGCUGUGGGGUGGGCUGAAGAUACUGCUGAGUAUUAAUCGGUUUGAAAGGAAGAAGAAUAUCGAGCUUGCAUUGCAUGCGUAUCAUGGCAUUGCGGAGGAGGAUAGAAAGGGCACACGAUUGGUUAUCGCUGGCGGCUAUGAUAAUCGAGUCUCGGAAAACGUACAGUAUCAUAAAGAGCUGGAUGCACUAGCUACUCGACUCGGCUUCCAAACAGCUACCUCCCAAACCGUCGUAUCAGCCAUGUCCGUCCCAGCCUCUAUAAACGUCCUGUUCCUCCUUUCUGUCCCAUCUGCAUUUAAAGAAACCCUGCUCUCCUCCUCGAGUCUACUGCUCUACACCCCUUCAUACGAACACUUUGGCAUCGUCCCCGUCGAGGCAAUGUAUGCCGGUCUGCCUGUUCUCGCAGACAACACCGGCGGACCCCUAGAAACCAUUGUGGAAGGGAAAACCGGCUGGCUCAGAUCAUCGAAGGAGAUCUCGGGCUGGACAGAAGUGAUCAAUUAUGUUCUGCAGCGCAUGUCGUCUGCUGAGCGUCAGGAUAUGGCUGCCUUUGCAAAACAGCGGGUUGAGAGAGAAUUCUCCCUUCAUGCAAUGGGCGAACGGCUCCAGGAUCAAAUUGACGAGAUGGUCCAGGCAGAAGACCGCGCUUUUCUUCCUCUUACGGUAAUCCUUGGACUUGGCCUGGUGCUUGGCUUGAUAUCUUCUCUUCUCAUCUGGCUGGCCAUGAGUUGA